CUGAAAAUGAAGUAAAUACCUUUAAUAACAGAGCAUUCCUUAACUUCCUCAUAUGAGUUUCGACUCAUUGCUGCCCUGUUUUAGGAGUUUGUCAUCUAGGCUACAGAUAAUGGAGCCGAUUAAAUCACUUGAGACUGAAGACUUUCAGCCACUGUCUCCCUCUGUUCCUGUUCCUCCCACACUGAGAGAGGGAGAUUGUUACCAUGUCUUCAUUAGCUACAGUAGCACUGAUUACCAGUGGACCCACUCCAUCAUCGACCAGCUGGAAUCCUGCGGCCUGCAGGUCUGCUACCAUGAUCGAGACUUCAUUCCCGGCCGCACCGUGUUGGAAAACAUGUCCGACUGCAUCCAGGAGAGCCAGAAGGUCCUGCUGGUUCUCAGCCCAGAGUUUGUCAGAAGCCGCUGGUGUCUCCUGGAGGCCAACAUGUCUUUGUUCAGAGACUGCCUGGAUAGGAAACCCAUCGUGCCAGUGCUGCUGGAGCCAGGAGUCUCCGUUCCUCUCCACCUCUGCCACCUCACCUACCUGGAGGCCAACGACCCCGACUUUAAGAAUAAGCUGCUCAAGGUGCUCUGCACCCCCAACCAGCAGCUUCAAGGAUCCACUGUGCUGCCCUUCCAUCCUCCCUCAAUCUACAACGGGAAGGCCCUGCAGCCGUUGAAUGCUGUAAAUGAGGAGAGACUCAAUAAAUGGGAUUGUGGUCAGUUCAGUGACAUGGAGGUACCAGACCAGCUGCGCCUGAUCAUUGAAGACCAAGAGAAGUACAGAAAGGCUGUGAGAAUGAUCAACAGUGUCUCUCAAAGUAAGUUACCACUCUGGACUAGAUUUAUGAUGUUAAUUGCUGCUGGGAUAAUGUGUCUUCCUUUGUUAGCUCUUUCCACAUAUAUGAUAGCUACAUUUUUUACUGAUAAUAACAUACAUGUAAACAAAACUCUUUGGGUUGUAAUUUUUUGUAGUUUGUAUUGUUUAUCCUUUGGGACAAUUAUUCAGAUAGGUUCCUGGGGAAAGGACGAACGGAAGAACAUAGUCCGGGAGACGCAGAAAGCUAUUGGCCAGGCAAACAUCAUUCUCUCUGAUGAGAAGGUGUUAAUGGGCGCUCAGUCAAAUUCAAAAAUCUAUCUGGUGUAUGUUUCUCUGGAUGUUUGCAAACAUGAGUUUGCUGAAACCUUUUCUGAUCAGGUUUGUGCUGAAGAAAUGUUUCAAAGAGCUCUGCUGUACUUCUCAUCAGGUUACACCUGCUGCCUUGCUAAAAAACACUUCCCCUUUCCCCUGCCCAGUUCCACCGGUCACCUGGAGGGAGGGGUGUGUUUCUGUCAGUAUGUGUCCCAGCAGCUGAGCACAGACCAAUGGGAAUAGUGUCCACAGAUCCCGACAUCUUAUAGAGAAGCAAAUUCCCUUUUUGUUGCAUGUCAAUAAUGUGGGCCUUAAAUAAAAAUGUAAUUCCCUUUACUAUGAAAUGCACAACAAUGAUGUAUAUGUAGGUGACACACAGGGGAAGUGUUAAUACAGAAAACCUUUUUACGUUAUGUUUCAGGUCUUAAUAUUUUUCCUGUUAACAUUUGAUGCUGUAUUUGUGUGUAUUGACUGAUUUAUAAUAAUUAAACAACAGCGUAAUUUGUCAUAUGUUUUGUUUUAUCAUUUCACAUUUCAAGUGUUAAUUAAUUCAAUAAAUGUUUUACAUCAAAAGCAAAGUGAUUAUUUCCUUAAAUCUCUACUGAUUUGAUGGAAAAGUUACUAAAAUCACAGAAUAAUUGAGGGUGCAGGGUUGUGGUUAGAGAGCACUCAUUAUAGUAUCAAGAAAUGAAAAACCUGAGCCAUAAUAUAUAAUAAUUCUAAAGUAAAAAACAUGUCAACAUACAUGGUGGUGGUACAUACAGUAAAUGUAGGAUGUAUCAUGAAUUAUUGUUUCUCAAGUCACUCUAUGAUAAUACAUUAUUAAUAUUCAUUCAAAUGAAAGGUAAAGUUGAUUUCAGGCUCAUGUAUUUGUCAACUACUUUGAGAAUAGGUUCUGUUCAGAAUGAGAUUAAGCUUUUUAGUAAGUAAUAAGUGGAGAAACAAACAUAUUAAUGUUGUUGCAUGAGAGCAAUGAAUCUUCAGGUAUAUAUAUUUUUUCAUUUUCUCAAACUUAUUUUGUGCUAUUUAAAAAACCAAGGAGGAGUAAAUCAAACAUGCACUAAAACCAAAGUCGCCAGCAGCUGCCAAGGGAGAAAUGCAUGAGCAUGUCAGGUUUAUGGUGAAUAGAAGCACCCAUGUCUGUAUAUACACAUGUGUUUAUGUAUGAUAUAUGUAAAUGAUGUAUAAUGAUCAUCACUAAGAUACAUCAAGUCUUUAUCACAACUUAAAGGGGCCCUAUCUUUCUUUUGGGGGUUUUCCCUUUCUUGAAGUGUGUUGUAUUUUUGUGCAUGUUAAAUCGUCCGCAGACAGAGGAUAAAAAGAGGUGCUGCAGCACAGGCAGUAUGUGAAAAAUAAAGAACUUUUUAAGCAUUAAACAUGUCACAGUUGAGGCACAAAAUACAAAUAUCAACCUGAAAAUGACCAGAAAAGGGCCCCUUUCAAUUCUACAACUCUACACACAGGACAAGUUGUACUCACUUGUUUUAUGUCCACUCUUGUUGUGAUUCUCAUUUGCAAAUGAUUACUGUAGGAUAAACAGAUAUAAUAACCUA